UGUCCUUCCUCGGUAGACAUGGAUAACUGGACUACUCAAGAGACACAUAUACAGAGAGGCAAUUGCAGUGCUUCUUCAAUGGUGGCUGUAUUGCCACUUUUCUUGCCUGAAAUAUUUGUUUUGGUAUUUGCUUAAACGCUUGGCUCACGCAUUCUUAGUAACCUUGCACCCGCAGAAAGGUAGCCACACCAAAACACUUAACUAUAAAUGUAUUACCCUACAACGUUCCUCAACUGAACCCAAACCAGAAAUUGGAAAACAGAGAAGAAGAUGUCGAAUUGCCAAGGUUGCAGGAGGACAUACUGGUCAUACGAAUGUGGCAUCUGCAAAGACUGCUUCGUGAGGUCGGGAAAAACAGUUAACGAGCUGCAACGAGAGAUCGAAGAGCUUAAAGACAAAAUUGCCUUCUUACGGAUUCCUUCUCCACUUGAUCAUCACGAUCAGCCAUCUUACACCGACGUCGUUUUGCUCACUGCCUCCGACGACAGAACUCCUGAGUCCUCCGUUCCUGUUCCGGCUCACAAGGCCGUUUUGGUGAAUCGUUCGCCAAUGUUGAAAGCCAAGCUAGAGAAUGAGAUGGAAGAAAAGCAGACUGCAACCAUAGAGAUCAGUGACGUAUCACAUGAUGUUCUCUGUGAAUUUAUCAACUAUCUGUACACUGCUGAAAUAUGCCUUGAUGAGAAACUGGCCUGUGAACUUCUAGAAUUAGCUGAAAAUUAUGAGGUUAAGCAUCUUAAAGCCUACUGUGAGGAGUUCCUGGUGUCCAAAUUGAACUGGGAAAAUUCAAUCACGAGAUACGUAUUUGCACACCGACACAAUGCAAAACGUCUCCUUCUUGCAGCGGUAUCAUUGAUCACAAACAAUAUGAGCAGCUUCAUUGAAAGGGAUGAGUAUAUGAAGCUUGUUAAAAAGGAGCCUGGCCUGCUUGUGGAAAUCUACGAAGCUUACCUCUACAAACAGAUCAAUCCUGUUCCCGGGAAAUCUCCAUAGCCUGCCCCCUUUGGCUAGUCUGGCUUUCUUGUGUGAUGAUCUGAAGAAAGAGAUAUUCUUGCUCUCAGAUGGGGUUUGAGUUAUUUGUCAGUUAACAUUACAUUUGAUGGGAAUUUUAUUAAAGAAGAAAUGCCAAAAACUUCAGGGCCUGAAAGUGUUAAUAUUUGCAUCACUUUGUAUAUAAAGAACUCUUCUGCAUCUCUGUUUUCAUGAAAUAUUCUUGUUAAAUUGGAUUGCACAUGCAAACGUGUUUGUUUUAAU